GUUGUCACCACUUUGUUUUAACGAUUAAAGAAGUGUGGACUUUUUUGUUGUGUUUUACUGUACUGUUACUUUGCUCUGCGCGAAGGUUUGGGUUUCUCAUUGUUAUAGUUUGGUUCUGUUCCUGUUAUGGGUUUGUUUGUUGUUUGGUGUGAGUAGUGCGUGUGGGUGAGUGAGAGAGAGAGAGAGAGAGAAAGGAAGAGGGCUUGCGUGUAUAGUUGCAAUAAUCGAUAAAGAGAAAGAAAUGGUGGCAGAGGAAGAAGUAGUGUCUAUGUUUGAUGAGACAACGAUAAAAGCUCAAAGGGCUGCAAGGAGUGAAAACUGGAGAUUGUUCAAGAAAAUCUUUGAGGAAGACAAGAAGCGUUUGGUGGAGCCUUUUGACUUGUUCGGGAACACUGCAAUUCACAUUGCAACACGUUCGAACAAUCCAAGGCUUCUCCACGAGUUGUUGGAAAUGCUGAGUGAGAAGGAGCGGUGGCAUGCAUUGAGGAAGGGGAAUUGUGUGAAUAACACCCUUCUCCAUGAGAUCGUCCUUGGUACUGCGGUUGAGAUGGUUGGUGUUGUGUUGAAGUUUGAGAAAGAGGCAGCACCAGAAGAAGAAAAGAGAAGGGUGGCAUUGCUAGAGAUCCAAAAUGACUCAGGUGAGACACCUCUCUUUGUUGCUGCUAAGCUUGGCAGGCUUGAGAUGCUCAAAUAUAUGGCCAGACAUGUUGAGGGUGACAUAACAAGUCAUUUUGUUAGAUUUGACAAAUAUUCGGCUCUUCAUGCUAGCAUUCUUGGACAGUUUUUUGAUGUUGCUGUCUGGUUGAUAAAAAUGGAUGAGAAACUAGCUCAACACAAGGAUAUGAAUGGAAUGACAUGUCUUCAACUUCUAUCCAAUAUGCCACUUGUAUUUAGGAGCCAAGCCCCUGCCAUGGGAACAGUGAAGAAUCUUAUAUAUAAAAUGCUUCCGGAGGAAGGAUAUGAAAUCCAUGAUGAUGAUGAAAAUGAAAGCGCUGACUACACACAUCAAAGGAAAGAUAUAGAAAGUGGCCAACAAGACGAGGCCAAGUUUCCUAGUUCAGAUCGGUGGAGGAUCAACUAUGCUAUUUGGAGAACGCUGGCUAAAGAGUUCGAUGGGAUUGGACGUAUAUGGAAACUAAAGAAACAGCAUAAGUUAGCAGAGCAUCUUUCUGAGUUGUUAGUGCAGAAGGACUUUUCAUGGCAGAUUUCAUUUCACGAAAACUUGCACCCCCUUAUUAUGUCCCCGGUUCUUUCCAAAUCAGACAGGAUAAAACACACUCACCACAUGAAGGAGAUGCACAAGACCAAUAGUGAAAUGUCCCGUUCUACAAGUUACAGACCUAUAACCACAGAAAAACUUAGCAUUCCCCAUUAUAAGAACUACACGCCACUUCUCUUGGCAGCUGGCUCAGGAAUCGUGGAAAUCGUUGGGAAAAUCAUUGACAGGUUUCCGGAGGCCAUUUGUCACGUUAGCCAGGACGAACACAACGUUCUGCACAUGGCUGUGAAGCACCGUCAGCUGAAAAUCUUCAACUUGCUAAAGAAACAUUCGGCGUUCAAAUCAUUGAUAUUCCGGAUAACUGCAGAAGGUCGAACUCUCUUGCACCAAAUUUCGAGAAUGGAGUUUUACGUAGAGCAGCACCUACCUGGUGUUGCAUUCCAACUCCAGGACGAGUUGCGCUGGUACGAACGAGUGAAACACAUUGUUCCAACAUACUACCUGAUGCACUGUGACAAAGACGGGCUAACGGCGGAGGAUGUGUUGGAAAUGGAGCAUCGAGAGAUGCACAAAGAAGCAAAAGGGUGGAUUAAGGAAACGGCGCAGUCAUGCUCAACCGUGGCUGUCCUUGUUGCCACGGUGGUUUUUGCGGCGGCGUACACCAUCCCAGGUGGCACUAAUCAGAACAAUGGCUUCCCAAUGUUUCUUGGUUCUCGAGUGUUUCUGUUCUACACUGUGACGGACGUUGUGGCACUUGUGAGCUCACUGGCAUCAGUGCUGAUGUUUCUGUCAAUACUAACCUCCCCUUAUGAGCUGUGGGAUUUCCGGAGUUAUCUGCCGCGAAAACUGAGCUUAGGGUUUGCCUUUCUCUUCUUCUCGUUGGUGUGCACGAUGCUCACACUCAGUGCAACAGUUUUGCUGACCAUUCGGUUGGGGAAUCACCAGAAAUGGGCUUACGUUUUGUUUGGCUGUGCUGUGUUCUUCCCUGUCGUCAUUUUUUGGCGAAUGCAAUUUCCACUGUACAACAUGUUCCAACGUCUCGCCCAGCGGCUAUUUAAGAAGCUUACGCGAGCAGUACCAAACUACCUUGUCAAAUAUUCCGGGAAAAGGUCUCAGACAAGAAAUUAUCACGGGAUAUCAAUGACUAGCUAGCUAGUUAUGAGAAAAUAAUAAUCGAUUCAUGUCAUCUUAAACUUUGAAAAAGAUAUACCAUACAAAAAUAAAUGCUUAAAUAUUUUUUUCGUCCUUA